CCAGGUCCUGCUCCAGAGGCAAUAACUGAUAAAAUUUUCCAAAUCAGCAAGACAAUUGAAGAAUAUGCAAUUUGCCCCGACCUGAAAGUAGACCUUAGUGUUCUGGGAAAGCAGCAGUUUGACCUGGAAAACAAGUUCAAACCCUUCACAGGCAUGUUUGCUUUCCUCCUCUUACUGCCCACUCCUGUUUCCAACUUGAGCAAUUUUCCUUUGGAGUACAGUUCGUACGUUCUCAUUGCUGCUCUUGCCUUUCUUCUCCCCGGGAUGCAUCCACCUCACCCCCCAUCCUCACAUACUUUAAGAAGUUUUAUUUUCCGAUUCCCCACGUACUUUUGCUUUGUGCUUUCCGCAGUUGUGGGACCAUAUGUAAAGAAGAUCCUCUGUGAAGAACUCGGCGCCCCUGCAAACUCAGCAGUCAACUGCAUUCCUCUGGAGGACUUUGGAGGCCACCACCCUGACCCCAACCUCACCUACGCAGCCGACCUGGUGGAGACCAUGAAGUCAGGAGAGCAUGAUUUUGGGGCUGCCUUUGAUGGAGAUGGGGAUCGAAACAUGAUUCUGGGCAAGCACGGGUUCUUUGUGAACCCUUCAGACUCUGUGGCUGUCAUUGCUGCCAACAUCUUCAGCAUUCCUUAUUUCCAGCAAACCGGGGUCCGCGGCUUUGCACGCAGCAUGCCCACCAGUGGUGCCCUGGACCGGGUGGCUAAUGCUACAAAGAUCGCUUUGUAUGAGACCCCAACUGGCUGGAAGUUUUUCGGGAAUUUGAUGGAUGCGAGUAAACUGUCCCUUUGUGGGGAGGAGAGCUUCGGGACUGGCUCUGACCACAUCCGUGAGAAGGACGGACUGUGGGCUGUCCUCGCCUGGCUCUCCAUCCUGGCCACCCGCAAGCAGAGUGUGGAGGACAUCCUCAAAGAUCACUGGCAAAAGUAUGGCCGGAAUUUCUUCACCAGGUAUGAUUACGAGGAGGUGGACGCUGAGAGUGCAAACAAAAUGAUGAAGGAUUUGGAGGCUCUCAUGUUUGAUCGCUCCUUUCUGGGGAAACAGUUCUCAGUGAGUGACAAAGUAUACACUGUGGAGAAGGCUGAUAACUUUGAGUACAGUGACCCGGUGGAUGGAAGCAUUUCAAGAAAUCAGGGCUUGCGGCUCAUUUUUGCAGAUGGUUCUCGCAUCAUCUUCCGGCUGAGUGGCACUGGGAGUGCAGGGGCCACCAUCCGACUGUACAUCGAUAGCUAUGAGAAGGACGUUGCCAAGAUCAACCAGGACCCCCAGGUCAUGCUGGCCCCUCUCAUUUCCAUCGCUCUGAAAGUGUCCCAACUCCAGGAAAGGACGGGCCGCACUGCACCCACCGUCAUCACCUAGGAAGACGGGCCAGACGCGGUACGUCUCUCCACGCCAGGACCCAGCCAGGCCCUCGGAUUGAAGAGCGUGGACAGAAACACAGUGUGUUUGCCAGGCUUUUUAGGAUUUGAUUUUUCCACUAACCCUUUGUCGACAAAUGGUGCGUUUGUAAGACACUGCUAAUUGAGAUGCCCUUGGGAAAGACAGGAAGAGGACUGGGGGGCUCAUGCUAAUGUCAGUUCCUUUCCUUGCCCUUCUGCACCGCUGCUGCGUGUGGGUGUUUGUCUCCUUAGCAUCGGGCGCUGUUUACACUACAAUGGAAGGCAGCAGGCGAGGCCACUUUUCAUCCUUAGGAUGUGCCAGUGGCAUGACAGUGCAGAUUCCUUUCUUCUUGGCAAAUCUCCACCCCUCCCUCUACUGUUUACAUGUAACCCAACAAAACGCAAUUUCUGGUGCCUUCUGUCCAAUUAGUUCUUUCCUCGGAGUGAGACGUACUUACUUGUCUACAGAUUUCUGUCUUAUUUGGCAACGUAGUCCCAUUCACGCAGAUAUUUUGGGAUAUUAAAGCAAAAUAAGCUACUA